ACAGGUAUCCUGACUAAACCAGAUCUGGUCGACAAGGGAGCAGAAAAAGAGGUUAUAAGAGUGGUGAGAAACCUGACCUACCCACUUAAGGAAGGAUAUAUGAUUGUGAAAUGUCGGGCGCAGAGCGAACUCCAGAGCAACCUUUCCCUGGAAGAUGCCAUAAAUAAUGAAAGAGCUUACUUUGAAGGCCACGAACUUUUCAGAGUUCUUCUACAUGAAGGUUUUGCUACAGUCCCAACACUGGCAAAAAAGCUGACAGUGAAACUGGUGGAGCGUAUUCAUAGAACAUUGCUGACUCUAGAGAAACAGAUCAAAAGUAAAUUAAAGGAAACAGAAGACAACCUAAACCUAAUU